CACGUCAAAACCCUAGAAAUCCGAAGAAGAGUUCCGCCUUCUUCCUCGCUCGAGCUGCACUACCUCGGCCUCACCGUGCGAGGCGCCAGCUCUUUCCAGCUCAAUUAUACACUUGCCCCAGCCCCUUUCCUUGUUUCCUCCCAAUCGUUCAAUCAAACGCGCCGCUGAAAUAAGCAAGGAUGGGCGCGAAAGCUAAAAAGUCACUGAAGAAGAAGAUGAUCAAGAAAGUGGUUGCGAAACGCGCGGUUUCUCGUCCCAUGGAUGAGCCAUCCAAUUUCUUGCCUUUGGAAGGGGGCUCGGCAGGAAGACAACUGCAAGGGGAAAAACCAGUUAAAAACGUCGCCACUGUUUUAUAUAUAGGUCGGAUACCUCAUGGCUUUUAUGAGGAUCAGAUGGAAGGGUUCUUCAAGCAAUUCGGUGAAAUCAAGCAUCUGAGGAUUGUCAGGAACAAAAAGACAGGCAAAUCAAAGCAUUAUGGGUUCAUUGAAUUUGAGGAUCCAGAGGUGGCAAAGGUUGUGGCUGAUGAAAUUCAUGGUUACUUACUAUUUGAGCACAGACUUCAGCUUCAUCUAAUCCCCCCAGAACGUGUUCCUCCCAAGCUAUGGAAAGGAAUAGGCCGGUGGUACAAACCAUUUGAUUGGAAAGAAUUUGCGAGAAAGAAACACAACAAGGAUAGAACAGUUGAAGAGCACGAGAAGAUGGUUGAAGGAAUUCUGAAACGAAAUGAGGAGAGGCAGAAGAGGAUAGCAGCAGCUGGUAUUGAAUAUGAGUGUCCAGAUUUUGUCGGUAUGGUGCCCAAGGCAAAGAAGAUCAAAUUUGAUGAUGAAGAUGAAGACUAAAGACUAUAAAUUUUCCCUGUGGUGGUAAAAGAUGACAUAACCUACUCUUGUUUUGUUCCAGAUGUGGAAAGCCUCAUAAGUUAACUGAAGAUGUUUUUUUUUUUCUGCACUGCUGGAAGUAUCUAAUAGUAUACAAUGUGUUUAUUCACUAGUUGUGAUCAAUGUUGGGAACAUGUAUGGAAUGUUAGUGGCCUGUGGUGUCUGCAAUAUUAUUUUUCCCUUUCACAUUA